AUGGUUGGAACAAAGUACUGGGUUCAAGGCUGGUCUGACAUCAUCUUCCAGUACUUUCAUCUUAACUUACUAAUAAGAAUGUCAUGGGGGACAGUGUCAGAAGCCUUGUUAAUGUUGAGGUUUUACUGGGACUUAAUAAUGCUUAUAAUGAUGGUUGGCAAUCUUGUCAUCAUACCAGUUGGAAUCACGUUCUUUACAGAGCAAACAACAACACCAUGGAUUAUUUUCAAUGUGGCAUCAGACACUGUUUUUCUAUUGGACUUGAUCAUGAAUUUUAGAACUGGGACUGUCAAUGAAGACAGCUCUGAAAUAAUACUGGACCCUAAGAUCAUUAAGAUGAAUUAUUUAAAAAGUUGGUUUGUAGUUGACUUCAUUUCAUCAAUACCAGUGGAUUAUAUCUUUCUUAUUGUAGAAAAAGGAAUGGAUUCAGAGGUUUACAAGACAGCUAGAGCACUUCGUAUUGUGAGAUUUACAAAAAUUCUCAGCUUGUUACGUUUAUUGCGACUUUCAAGAUUAAUUAGAUACAUCCACCAGUGGGAAGAGAUUUUCCAUAUGACAUAUGAUCUGGCAAGUGCUGUGGUGAGAAUCUUUAACCUGAUUGGAAUGAUGCUGCUACUAUGCCACUGGGAUGGUUGUCUUCAGUUCUUAGUACCUUUACUUCAGGAUUUCCCACCAGAUUGCUGGGUGUCCCUAAAUGGUAUGGUUAAUGAUUCCUGGGGAAAGCAGUACUCAUACGCACUCUUCAAAGCUAUGAGUCAUAUGCUUUGCAUUGGUUACGGAGCCCGGGCCCCUGUCAGCAUGUCUGAUCUUUGGAUUACCAUGUUGAGUAUGAUUGUGGGGGCUACAUGUUAUGCCAUGUUUGUUGGUCAUGCCACUGCCCUAAUUCAGUCUUUGGAUUCCUCUCGACGGCAAUACCAAGAGAAGUAUAAACAAGUGGAGCAGUACAUGUCAUUCCACAAAUUACCUGCUGACAUGCGCCAGAAGAUCCAUGAUUACUAUGAGCACCGUUACCAAGGCAAAAUCUUUGAUGAGGAAAAUAUUCUUAGUGAGCUCAAUGAUCCCCUUCGAGAGGAGAUAGUCAACUUCAACUGUCGCAAGCUUGUUGCCACAAUGCCUCUUUUUGCCAAUGCAGACCCAAAUUUUGUGACUGCCAUGCUGAGCAAACUGCGUUUUGAGGUGUUCCAACCUGGUGAUUACAUUAUCCGAGAAGGUGCUGUGGGUAAAAAGAUGUAUUUCAUUCAGCAUGGGGUUGCUGGUGUCAUCACCAAGUCCAAUAAGGAACUGAAGCUGACAGAUGGCUCUUAUUUUGGAGAGAUUUGCCUUUUGACUAAGGGCCGCCGAACUGCCAGCGUACGAGCCGACACAUACUGCCGUCUGUAUUCCCUCUCUGUGGACAAUUUCAAUGAGGUUCUGGAGGAGUACCCCAUGAUGAGAAGGGCCUUUGAAACAGUGGCCAUCGACAGGCUAGAUAGGAUAGGGAAGAAGAAUUCAAUUCUUCUGCAAAAGUUCCAGAAAGACCUCAAUACUGGAGUUUUCAACAAUCAGGAGAAUGAGAUCUUGAAGCAGAUAGUGAAACAUGACAGAGAGACAGUUCAGGCUAUUGCCCCAGUUAGCCUACAGCAAAUGUCAGCACUGAAUUCUAGCACUACUUCAUCCCGCAUCAGGACACAGUCACCUCCUGUUUAUACUGCGACCAGCCUGUCUCAUGGAAACCUGCAUUCUCCAACACCAGGCACACAGACACCUCAGCAAGCUGUCAUUCUCUCUCCUUGCUCCUACACUACUGCAAUCUGUAGUCCACCAGUACAGAGCCCUCUGGCAGGUCGAACUUUUCAGUAUGUAUCACCAACUGCUUCACAGUUGUCAUUAAUGCAGCAGCAACAGCAGCAGCAACAACAGCAGCAGCAGCAGCAGCAGCAGAAGCAGCAGAAGACACCUACUUCAUCACAGAAAAAUGAAGUUCACAAGAGUACACAAGCUCUUCACAACACUAACCUGACAAGAGAGGUGAGACCUCUCUCUGCCUCACAGCCUUCUUUGCCCCAUGAGAUUUCUACUCUUAUCGCCAGACCUCAUCCAACAGUUGGAGAGUCGCUAGCCUCCAUUCCACAACCUGUCUCAAGUGUCCAAGGGUCAGGUAUGCAGGCUGGGAACAGGGGCACUGUCCCACAGAGAGUUGCUCUCUUCAGACAAAUGUCUUCAGGAGCAAUUCCUCCUAACCGAGGGGCCACGGCACCAUCAGCAGUUCUAAAAAGGGAUUCUUCCACAGUCUUAAGCACAGACCUUGAAGGAGACAAACCACGAUUUGCUUCAAACUUAUGAUCCCUGCUAACUCUGAAAAGCAGAGACAUUGUAAUAAACUGAGAAUCAUCCCAGGAAUAUUUUAGCCUAUUUCCUAAUAGACCCUGGUAGUCUGUUAUGAAAACAAACAAACAAAACUUUAGCUAGUUUUGCCCUACAUAACGAAUGUAAAAUAUGUGUGUGUAUACAUAUACACAUAUAUCUAAAAAAAGGAGUUUAAAAACCUGUUUAGAGUUCAUGUCUUCCUUUCUUAUAAUCAGCAAAGGAGUCUAAAUUUUGUUGUAAUAUUAUUUAUUUUUAAUCUGUGUUGACGUUAAUGGAUUUCUCUAUUUAUGAAGAGGUCUUCUAUUUUAAUGGGGGGGUGGAAAAUCUUAACCCAAUGAUAACUUCAUGAAAUGAAAAUAUUAUUUAUUCCAGGAACUAAACUUAACAGAACAGAAAGAAAACCCUAAACCUAACUAGGAAAUAGCAAGUAUUCAAUAAUAUUUUUAACUUUCACUAAUAUCAUUUCUGUAUACAAAUUGUGAAUUAUUUAUUACAGAGAAUCCAGUCAUAGUCUCCCAUUGCUUUUUCCAUUUUGGUGCUUUUCAUUCAGAACUAGAUUGACUAACAGAUAUACUGCAACCAUCUACAGUCAGAGGACAAGAUUACCACUGCUCUGGAUAAUUCUAACCUCAAAACAUAUAAAUCAUUCUGUUGUUUCAGAAAACUGGGAGGACAUCAAUCUUCAUAUUGCAAAAGACUUUUAUGAAGACUAUAAAUAUUGUCAUUGUAAAUAACUUUUUAGACCCAAACACAAAUAGCUGCUGUGUGGUGUACCAUUGCAAAUUCUUUGUUUAGGAAUUUAGGUUCAGCUCUUCACUUCAAAAAUUAAAGUUUUAAAAUUUAUUCAAUCUAAGUGCAACACAACUGUUAAAUUGUAAUGCAGUGGCUUAAAACCUACAAUGUUACUUUUACAUGCAACAUUUUUAUGCAAAAUUGUACGCUUGAUCCUGCAAACUGCUUGUAUUUCACCAAUCACUUUUCUUCUUCCU